AUGUCUAUACUCCGACAAACUUACUGCACCUUAUUAUUAUGUCUCCAAAGUCUGAACAUCAGCCUUAUAUACGCUUGGCCGUCUUCCACUCUUAAGCUCUUCGCAUCUACUGGCACAACUUUAAACCGACCUAUGACGGACACAGAGUUGGCCCUCUUAGGUAGUCUUUCUUCUAUAUCACCAUUGCUUAGUACACCCUUAUCUGCAUUCCUCUUGGAUAAAUUGGGAAGAAAAUACACUACUAUACUGUGUGCUAUGCCACAAGUGGUGGCAUGGGCUUUGAUUUCAGUUUUUUCACGUGUUGAAGUAAUUCUAUUCUCUGUAUUUAUUGGGGGUUUUGGUGGCUGCAUGUUCUUGGUUAUACCUAAUUAUAUCAGCGAAAUCUGUCAAGAGACAAUAAGAGGAACAUUGACUUCUGGUGCAAUUAUAUCCUAUGGUGUUGGGUUGAUGGUGUCAUACAUUUUGGGAGGGAAUUUGACGUACCAUAAUAUGAAUUAUGCUUGUUUAGCUCUGGUUGUAAUCGGUGUCCUCUUGUUGAACUUUGUUAAAGAAACUCCAACUUAUUUGAUGAAGAAAGGAUUAGAUAAUGAAGCAGCCAAAUCAAUAGCAUUCUACAGAUCUCAAAGUCCAUCUUCAAAGGAAGUGGCGGAAGAAAUGAAUGUGCUACGGCGUGCUCUAAAUCCGGUUCAUGAAUCCGUUCCAGAAGAAGAAAAACUGCAAACUGAAUCUCAAGUGAAAGAAAAGCUAUCUAUCCUUCAAUUCAUCAAGAAAUCUCAAUCAACACGUAGAGGGCUAGUAAUUAUACUCGGUUUAUACGUAAUAGCUAUAUGUCAGGGUCUUACUAUAGUUCAAGUGUAUUCUGAGCCUUUAUUUGAAGAAGCCUUACCGAGCGUGUCAGCAAACUUGACCAGUGUGCUUUUUGCUGUCACGAACACUAUCGCUGGGAUAUUUGCUGCCUACUUAUUAGAUUUCUGGGGACGUAGACCAGUCAUGAUCUACUCUUCCAUUGGCACGGGUUUGUGCUGCAUCGCUCUUGGUGCACAGAUCCAACUACAUUGGGGUCCUCACUGGUUGACAGCUGUGUUGAUAUAUACAUUUUGUAUAACUUGUACUUGUGGCGCUGGCACUGUUCCCUAUGUUAUGAUUGCUGAGCUCUUCCUUCCUGAGGUAAAAAGCGUAAUGUCCAUGAUAGCAGUGGAAUUUGGUUGGAUCUGCAACUUCUUGAUUCUUUUCAUUUUCAACCCAUUAGUUUCAGCUGUUGGUUUGGGUCCCAUAUUCUACGUAUUCGCUUUUAUAAGCGUAUUUUCUACAGUUUUUUCUAUAUUAUACCUUCCAGAAACGAAAGGACUGACCGUAGAUAUUAUACAAACAUUAUUGGUACCAAAGAAGAGGCUUCAAAGAUCU